ACGUAUAAUUAGGGGGAGAAAACUAACUGAGGGGAGAAAACAUUAAUUUGGGGAAGAAAACUUUAAUGGAGGGAAGUUUGAUUGGGCGCGAAAAUUUUAAUUGCAGGGAGUAGAUUUUAAUUGUGGGAGAAAACUUCAACUGGGGAGAAAAGUUUCAUUCCAGGGAGAAAAUUUUAAAUAUGGGGAGAAAACUUAGAGUGCUGACAGCCUUUGUGGCACCUCUGACAGAUGGAACUUUGCUUGGCAGGUGAGGCAGGAGCAGCUGUUUACGUGGAACCCCAAAAAUGGAGGAAAUGAGAGAUUAUUCCAGAUUUUUGGGCAUGGAAAGGAGCAAGAGAGCAGGUAACUGUAGGGCAGCACGUGUCGCCUGCCAGGUGAUGCUGGCAGCACUCUUCAUGACUCUGCUCGUCACAGCCAUCACUUUUGCAGUGCAGGCUUUUCAGCCUCAUCCCCAGCCCUACUUUCAGUGCCCCUUCGACUGGAUCAGAUAUAGAGGAAAAUGCUACUAUUUUUCGGAGGCUGAGGGGAACUGGACAUCCAGCCAGGACAACUGCUCAGCAUUUGGUGCUUCCUUGGCCAUCCUGGACAGCAUGGAAGACUUGAGCUUUGUGAUGAGAUAUAAAGGCAUCUCAGAGCAUUGGAUUGGCCUUUUGCGGAAAGAUGAGGAGCAGCCAUGGCAAUGGGUGAACCACUCACUUUUAUCGCACUUGUUUCAAAUCCGUGGUGGUGGGCUCUGCGCUUAUUUGGAUGACAACGGGCUCAGCUCCUCCUACUGCAGCACUGAGAGGAGCUGGAUUUGUAAUAAACCUGAGCUGCAGAGCUCAGGCAAGGGCAAUGGGAUGAGACGGGCUAAAAACCUCUGUGUCAGCUCCUUGGGUGCUGAAGGGAGGGCUUCUCACACCCAGAUACCUGCUGCACCAAACCUCAAAAAGGCUUUGAAUCCCCUGCAUGAGGGGUUCUUGAGGGUACCAGGGGACCAACAAGGUGUUGAUGGGCAAGGGCAACCUUUGGAGACCCAUGUAGGGCAGUCCUAGGGGAUCCUGGGGGCUAGGGCAGCCUU